AUGACCAAGACAUUGGAGAAAUAUCAAAGAUGCAGUUAUGGUGCACUUGAAACAAACCUACUUACCAGUGAUGCACAGAGCAGCUACCAGGAGUAUUUGAAGCUUAAAGGAAAAGUUGAGGUCCUACAACAAACUCAGAGGCAUUUUCUUGGGGAAGAUUUGGGGCAGUUGUGCACAGAGGAGCUUCAGCAUCUUGAGCGUCAACUGGAAUCAUCUUUGAAGCAAAUUAGGUCUACGAGGACACAAUAUGUGCUUGAUCAACUAGCUGAUCUUCAACAAAAGGAACAAGCACUAUUGGAAACUAACAAAGCUUUAAGGAACAAGUUGGAAGAAAUUAUUACACCUCUGCAAUUGUCAUGGGAAGCUGGAGUGCCCAGUACACAGUAUAGAUACCAUCCUGCUGAGCCUGGCAGUUUUUUCGAACCUCUAGAAGUGAAUAACACACUGCAGAUUGGUUACAAUCCUGUGGUAACCGAUCAGCUGAACAUUGGAACAUCAACUCAAAAUGCAAAUGGAAUUGUUCCAGGAUGGAUGCUUUGA